GUGUUUACAUGUCAUUUUGGAAAUCGUGGCCGAUACCUACGAGCUGAUAAUUUCUGUUGGAACUUGAAUAACUUGAUUUGUUCUAAUUUUUUGCCUUAUAAAUACAAUUAUUUAAGUUUCGGUGAGAUUUUCGUCGAAAAAUUAAUCUGAUUUUGGAGUAAAUUGAAGCCAAUUUGGUGUUUUUUUUUGGUGAUGGUUUAUUCGUAGAGUAACAGAGAAUUCCGAUGGUACUUUACUUCUAAUUCGAGAGAAAUAGAUUUGUGCAUUUCGGAAUAGAAAGUUUAUCCUGGAAAAUGGCAGCUGCAAAAGGAAAGCAAGCCACUAAAGGCCAGAAACAAAUCGUUGCGGAGAAUAAAUCAACUCUACAGUUCUACAGAAAUAUGGCUCUGAUUGCAAAUGCUUUAUAUCUAGUAUCCGGAUUUUUCUUCUUUGAUAUCUUAACUUUUAAGCAAAUUAGUUUACUGGUAUUUUCUUCUUCAUUGUAUAUUGGUAGCUAUCAAUUUAUGGCAAGUAUGGCGAAGACGAAAUAUAGUGCUGAGGGUCAAUUAAUAGAUUCGGGUUUGGAUCUGAAUAUGGAAGGUGGUGUGUCUGAACAUAUCAAAGACUUAUUCAUUUUGACUGCUGGCUGUCAAGUAUUAUCUAUUUAUUCUUCGUAUUUCUGGUUGCUAUGGUUAUUGGCUCCUGGAAGAGCACUGUGGUUAGCUUGGGUAAACUUCCUCGGCCCAUACUUCCAACAACAAUCAGCUGCCAAUCAGCCACCCGAAGUGAACGAGAAAAAGCAAAAGAAAUUAGAAAGACGUAUGAAAAGACAACAAAAUCGAUGAAAUGUAUUCCUGUGCAUGCUAAAGACGAUACUUUAAUAUAAUAAUAAUUCUUCAGUGUAAAAAGCGUAUUUUAGCGAAAUGUUACCUGUAAUGUUAAUUUUUUGUACGCCUCGUAUAUCUAUUUUUUUUCGUGUUCCUGGUCUCAGAGCUUUUCUUCGGAUUUAUAUUGUUUAAAUUUUUUGUAUCGAUUAUCAUUUUUCUCCCUUAAUAAUAAUUGAAGGGAUUUUUUUUUGAGAACGGUUGAUCGGUUUAUAAUACGUACGUAUUUGUUGAUUAAAUUUAGGUAAUUAUUUGUAAGUAUUUAUCUAUCUGUAUUUCUAUAGUGCCAAUAAUGUUGAUUGUAAUUUGUAAAUCGUCUUACUUAAUUUAUUAUGACCUUCGAAAGACUUGAAAACUAGAAUACAAGCUGUUGCACGUUAUUGUAAUUAUUAUAUUUCAUUUUUUUUGCAUCAUUUUAACUUUCAAAAAAAAAAUUUCAAUCGUG